CAUUUGCACCUCACUUGAACGUUUGAAUCCUUAGAGAAAGCAGCAAGAGUAUUUUCUUCCAGUCUGAGCUGAGAAGGUUGGUAAAUAUUUGAGCUGCAUGGGCGUGUUGCUGCUGCUGCUGCUGACCCUGUGGCAGGAGGACGGUCGCCAUCUCUGGGUAAACACUGGGAACGUAUCACGCACUCGACACUGUUGUAGUGAGCGGAGCCGAGGCUUAGCGUACAGUAGCAGCAGCGGGAAGAGAAGGAGGGGAUUCUUCUUCUUCGUCGUAUUCGUCGUCGUAUUAUUGUCGUUAUUAUGCUGCCUACCUCCACAGGCACAGCGGACGCGCCACGGCCACGCACAGCAGCUCCGGUAACGCGGCGUUGACGUGUUUUUGUUUGUCUCCCGCACAGACUGUCGGACUGUCACCUCACUCACAUGUUGGACCUUUAUUUUCCGUCCUUUUCUCUCUUUUGUUUUAUUUCGUCGACGCUUCGCCUCGCUCUUGAAUUAAGAUGAACGGCACCGCCGCUGCUGUUGCUGCGCGUUUACACAUAAAAAUUGGAUUUUGAUGGUGCAAACGCAGCUCGCGUUUUCCCGUUCACACCAGCACCAGCAGCACCAGCAGCACCAGCAGCAGUCAGAGGACUGUAGUAGUAGUAGUAAUAGUAGCAGUAGUAUUCAUCUUGGUAAUGUUUACCAAGAAAUAAGACGAACCGAGAGCGCACGAACAUCUCGAUUCCAUGGACAACACGUCCAUAAUAACACAGGUUGCAAAUCCCAAAGAGGAGGAGAGCAUUUCCUCAAGCCAAGAUAAAGUCUCCCAGUCGAACAGCAGCCUAAAGAAACACCGAAGCCGGAGCAUUUUUAGCCCUUUCUUCUGCUGCUUCCGCAACUACAAUGACUACCAAGUGGAUCCUCCAGCCUCCAACAACAAGUCGCUGUCUCUGCCUCCACCACCGGAGGAGAACGGCAGUCCACCCAAGUGUGACCAGGUCCAGGUCAUCCCCAUUCCCAGUCCUCCAGCUAAGUUCCUGUUGCCCGAGGUCAGUAUAGAAGAUUAUGGCAAAAACUGUGUGGUGAUUGACCUGGACGAAACCCUGGUGCACAGCUCCUUCAAGCCCAUCAGCAAUGCAGACUUCAUUGUUCCAGUGGAGAUUGAUGGAACUGUUCAUCAGGUGUACGUGCUGAAAAGACCUCACGUGGACGAGUUCCUCCAGAAGAUGGGGGAGCUCUUUGAAUGUGUCCUCUUCACAGCAAGUUUAGCAAAGUACGCUGACCCUGUGGCAGACCUGCUGGACCAGUGGGGGGUGUUCCGCGCCCGGCUCUUCAGGGAAUCCUGUGUUUUCCACAGAGGAAACUACGUCAAAGACCUCAGCCGACUGGGCCGAGAGCUCGGCAAAGUCAUCAUCAUAGACAACUCACCUGCCUCCUACAUCUUCCACCCAGAGAAUGCAGUCCCUGUGCAGUCCUGGUUCGACGACAUGACGGACACCGAGCUUCUGGACCUCAUCCCUCUCUUUGAGGGCCUUAGUAAAGAGGAGGACAUUUACAGUCUC